UGGUUUCUGUCUGAGGAGGUUUAGUUUCCUCAGGCUCUGGAUGGGAGAGGGAUGAUGCCAGAAAGCUGCAGGCAGACACACAUGUUCAGAACUUAAGAGGAGAUUUGGGCAGUUUCCUUCUGCACUAAUAGGUUUAAAAUAAUAUAUGAAAUAAUCUACAAAUCAGGCUGCAGAGGUGUCUUUUUUUUUUGGCCAUACGGAAUAACACUCAAUGUGGCAGAAUCCUCAGGUGUUUGCUUGUUGUUCACCAGUUUUCAAACAUGUGGAAGUAAGACUUUUCGGGACUUUUGGGCGUUCUUCUUUCUUUGGAAAACUGGAAAACCUUUCACGAAUGAGUUUGCUGGCACCUCAAAGGUACAUUGGUGACUGCCUUUGUUGUUCCUGGACACUUGCUUUGUGGAAAACAAGGUGAAGGGGACUGCAAUAUCACCACCAUCACUUUGAGCAUCAGAACCACAAGUUGUUUAAAAAGGAUUCUUGAGAGAGGAAUCAUGAAAGACAGCUAUGGUGGAUACGAGAACCAGCUUUUCAAAGAGGAGGAUUUCACUGGAGAAGAGGAAAUGCCUUCAUUUAGAGGUCGCAGCAGGGGCGGCUGUCUGAGGUGUCAGCAGAGCCACUCCCUCCAGCUGGCUGUCAAAGUGCUCUAUGGCUUUGUAGCGUUCCUCAUCAUUACUGUGGCAGUGCUGGCAUCGCUCGUGUUUAGGAAGGUCAACAACCUGUCUGGGGAGGAGUCCGUCUACCACAACAAGAUCACCAGGGCUCAGCAAGGAAUAGAGGAUCUGAGCUCCACCUCUAACUGUUCGGGCUGUCUGGAUGUGACUCUGUACAGCGAGGAGAUUAGCCGACUGAAGAAGGAGUUUGAAGAGAUCCAGAAAAUGAUACUGGGACAGGAGCAGGUCCUGGAUGGGGCCUCCCAGACCCAAACAAUGCUGAAGACCACCAGCAGCCGGCUGACACGCGACAUGCAGAACCACCUCAUGUCAAUCAAACUCCUCAACCAGUCGCUGGAAAGAUACCUGGAACGAGUGGAGGGCUGGAAGGAAGUGAUCGAGGAAACUGAAGAGAAAAUGAAGACGCUGGCGGAGGAUCAGUACGAGAUCAAAGCCACGUCGCAGCAAGUCAACAUUACAGUGGCUCUCAGUACACAGUGGAUCGAUGCCUUGCAGAGGAACGCUGAUGAGGAGAGUCUGGUCCUCCAGAAGUUGACAACCGACUGGCAGAACUACAGCCAAGUUCUGAGCGCAAUGAAAUCCAACACGAGCAGCACCACACAAAUAAUGCGCUCCCUACAAAACAACAUCGUAACAGAUCAACAGAGAACCGCCAUGUCCACUGAGGUGUACUACGACCUCACACAGCAGGUGAUGAACCUGCAGAUGCAACUCGACAAUGUUACCUCUUUCAUGGAUGAACACGAGGAGAACUUGCAUGACCUGCACUACCAUUCCAGGUACUAUGAGAAUCGUACAGGUGAGCGUUUCUCUGCAUUGGAUAGUCGUUUGAACUCCAUCUCCAUGGAGAUCGACACAAUCUCCUCCAGCAUCAACGCCACCGUCAGCCACGUCCAGAGCAUGUUCAAGUACAUCAACAUCGAGAGCUCGUCCUGCCAGAGCCGCAUGGGCCGACACUCUGAAGAUCUACAGAACCUCAACAACACGGUGUUGUUACUCCUCCACUUGGCCGACACACUGAGACAGCAAAACACGUUGUUGAAUGUCCGAGUGGAUGUAGACGUCAGGAAUCUGUCCAUGGUGAUGGAGGAGAUGAAGCUCGUGGAUGUGCACCAUACCACGCUCAUAAAGAACUUCACUAUAAUAAAAGGUGCUCCUGGACUACCCGGGCCAAAAGGGAACCGUGGUGAGAGCGGUUCGAAAGGACCAAUGGGACUGAGUGGGACUAAAGGUGACCGAGGCCCGCAAGGAGGCCGGGGAACUCCUGGAGAGAAAGGUUCUCUCGGGCCCAAAGGAGCUCCGGGUGAAACAGGCCCCACUGGAAACAGAGGUGCAGGAGGGAUCAAAGGAGCUAAAGGGCCUAUUGGCCCACCUGGACCGCGUGGUGAGAAGGGCCAGAAAGGGAACGCAGGCCUACACGGUUUAGACGGAAACAAUGGGCACACAGGUGUUUUAGGCCUCCAGGGUCAGGCAGGACUCCCGGGCAUCAUCGGGCCACCAGGAGCCCGGGGGAAACCAGGACCAGUGGGACCGCCUGGACAGCCGGGAUACCCUGGGCCCCGAGGCCUGCCAUACCCUCAGGCCCCCGUCAACACCCUGCAGGGGGCCGGGAUGCCAGCCCCCGCCACCAUGAGGCAGUGAGAAGAUGGACCCAGAGGUGAUCUGUCUGGUACCAAGAGGACUUAUUAACCAGAUGAAGGAAAAUCAUCCAUUGUGACUGGGGACGCAAUAAUCCAGUUUCUAUGGGAUUAUGCAAGAAAAAUCGAGAAUUCUUAUGAACAAAGGCACCAUUUCAAAAAUGGGAUUGUGCUUUAAAGGGGGCAUUCCCCUGAUAUAAUGACAUGGCCACAAGAAAGGAACCAAGAGGACGGUGUAGAUAAGAGAAAACAGAACUGAACUGUUGUUGAGAAGGGAGAUGACACAGUACCUGAAGCCAGAAACAGACUGCGUUUGGACAGAAAAUGGAAAUGUUCUUAUGUUGGAGGAAACUGCUGUCAUGCACAUGGGUCUCUUUACAUCUUUUCACGAGUGUUUCCUUGUCCAGGAAGCUAAAGAAUACAAAAAGCUUUGUCCAUGUACAGUAUGAUGACAUAGUAUGCGAUUUUACCAGAAUUAAAAACUUGUUUUAGAUGAUAAUAUGAAUAGGAAUGGAAAAAAACACCUAUAUUGAAGUCUUGCCUGGUUGAAUGUACUUGGUUGAAAAUGUCGAGGUUGUUGUCAAACCAACAAAACCUCCUUGGGCAAUAAAUAGAGCUGUUAACCAAGGAUAAGGACUAAAGUGAUGGUGUUUCCCGUCCGAGCUACUCAAAGGCUUACAUUCCCAUAUUGGCACAGAAACAAAAUCUUUACUUGUUACAUUAUGUACACAUUGACACAUUAUGUUCAGAUGGAUGGCACUUUAUUGGUUCUUAAAGUGUGACAUUGAAGGAUUUUUUAUCUUUUGGCAUUUCAGAGCAGGUACUCUGAAGACUUUUCUUACAUCUUCUGCACGAAUAUGUCAUUUUAUGAUCAGCGAUUGAAGAAGUAAAGUUUUAGAAUUCAUGGCUUCUGAAUUUGCGCUCGAAUGACUUUUGUUUUACAUUGUGUGCAACGUUUGCUUCUAUUGUUGCCGUAAGAAUAAAGAAAGUAACUCUCUCUUCGACCUAUGUUGAAACGUUUUGGUGUGAAGGCUAGGCAGAUCACUCAUUCAAUACAACAAUGCAUAAUAAUGUAACACUUGAGAAAGCAGAGGAAUGACCAAAGAGGGUUUUUUAGAUCUUAUAAAACAAACAUAAAUAACCUUUUAUAUCACAUGAAAAUCUUUCAAAAAGGGAAACUUACUUUUUUGGAAAACCUGUGUGUUGUAAUGAAAUGCGACUGGCUUGCAUCGAACUUCAAUAAAGCUUUUUUUUAACUC